GAGAUGCGUUAAUGAGGUAGUAUUAAUAUUGUUUCUGUAUCAAAACUGAGGUUAUUUGAGGGGAGAAGCAGGAACGGAGAAACCCAUUUUCAGCCAUGAAGGACGAUUACGAGAUCGAAGAAAAGAAGCAAGCUGCUGCAGAUGUCUUGUUUCAAUAUUCAAAUUUUGUUAUGGCCUGUAUUGGUAAUCAAGUUCGGCCUUGUGACUUGAGACUGCAUUUGAUGAAGGAAGUUUCAGGAUUGCCAACUUCUUUGAAGCGAGAACCCCAUCCAACAACUUCUCCUGAUGUAAUGGGAGAAUCCUCAAGCUCAGGUAUCUCAAGACUGGACAAAGCAGACAGUUUCCGAGGUCCUUAGAUUUGUGAAGUGCAUUGUUCUCUAUGUUUUCUAGUUCGCUGUCUGGAAAAAUAUACUAUCAAUUACUGUACUGUUUGAGGCAUGUAGGAUCUUGUUCAUUUUGUCAGUGUCUUCGGUUAUGCCAUCUCUGUCGCAUUUAUGUUUUUUAAGACAAAAUUAUUUCUUUCAUCAUAUGAGCACACACAUUUUAGUUCUUCUUGAUCACUAUACUCGAACAUUCAAUUGCAAGUCAGCAGGAACAAUAUCCUUUCA